CGUAUGACAGUGUUGGGACGUCAAAUGCUACCACAUGGUGAAAAGACAAAACGCACUGACAACACGUGCUGUCGGUUUACGUAAACUGUUCCAUAACAGUCAACAGGGUAUUGUUAAUGUUGGUGCAGGUUCUCGGUUUCAUGUCGCUUGCUUAUGUAUAGGACAUGUUUGGAAUUGUAAAGAACUUCAGGACAACUGUAUGACUUAGUGAUAACACAGGUGGAAUGAAAUUUUAACUGUGCAGUAACAAGUUUAUUGUACAUUUAGUUUGUGGUGUGCAUAAAAGACAAAGACAGUUGUAAAUAACUUGAGGACAAUUGUAUGAAUUAAUAACAGCACAGGUGGAAUGAAAUUUUAACUGUGCAGUAAUAAAGUUAUUGCACAUGUUUAGUUUGUGGUGUGCUUAAAAGACAAAGACAAUUAUGUAUAACUUGAGGACAGCUGUUUGAGUUAAUCACAGAUGAAGGGGAAUAGAAUUUAACAGCAUUAAUAGAAGUAUUGCAUAUCUUCAGUUCUUGUGUUGCUUAAGACGACAAGAAUUACAGCAUGGACUACUUGUCGUAUGUGGAUUAAAUUUCAGCUGUGACUUAAUAAAGUCAGGUUUGAAUUUGUUAUCUGUUUUUUAUCUUGAGACAUCUUGAUUUGUCAACAACGAUUACGAUAGGACUGUCCUGUUAAUUGAUUAUGGAACAUGUGUGAAUUAAUAUCAACUGCAUUAUUCAAGACUGGGUUUUUAGUUUUGACAUAUCUUUAUAACAAGGACACAUUUUGAGUUGUAAAGACCCACAAGGACUAUUAUGUGAACUAAAAUGAACUGCAUUUUAAAGUUCAUGUAGGUUUUGAGUUCUCUUAUUUCACAUUUAUAAUGAGAACCUGCUUUGAAUUGUAAACAAACAAGAGACUAUCAUAUGAACUGUGAUACCUGUUUUAAGUAAAAAUAACCUGCAUUAAAUAUUCGUGCAGAUUUUCACUUUUCGUAUCUGCCCUUUAAAAAAACAAGGACAUGUUUUGAACUGUAAACAACCAAAAGGACUAUCAUAUAUGAACUGAUUGCAGCAUGUGUGUGGAGUAAGAAAUUCACGGCGCAUGAUUGAUUGAUCGUCUGAACACUGACAAAGACCGUUUAUUAUUAAGAGACCUUUCACCCAGCCUGGUUAUAGCUGGAAGGGACAACAAACAGCCACGCUCUAUCGGGGUGAAGACAAGAGGAAAAUAGAGUCUGAAUAUUCACACCUUCACUGCCAUAAAACGUAAACAGGUUAUAAAAGAAGCUACUACGGUUGUCUUUUCAAGUUUGAUUCAAGAAAUGUUUUUGAAGACACUAUCUUUUCAAGUGAGAUUCAAGACAGUUUUUGUGGAAAAGCCUUUACCUUUGUGCAUCACUUUGGAUAUUAUUCGGGUGUCAGGAAUAUGAAUAUUGAAAGAUUUGUGCCAUGUAUUGUCAUUUUCAUAUUAAAUUGAAGUAUCUACAGUUGUAUUCUUGAGGAAGAUUUAUAUGCAUUUGUAUAUGUAUACUGUUGCAGAAAAAUCAGUGAUCAAGAAUAUAGUCAUUUAAACUUUAUAGUGCAUCUUUCUGUUCUGCCUGGUGGAAGCAGUUCAGUUUGAAUUUCGUUCUUACAGGGAAUUUAACUGUAAUGGCAGUUGUAUGACAAGGACAAGAAAGGAUUUAUUACCUAUUAAACUGAAUCGAAUCUGUUCAGUGAAAGUACAUUGUAUGUGUUAAGCAAAAAGGGGCAUACUCACAUCCAGAAGAUCCUGAAUCAGUCUAUUCUUUGAAUAGAUACAUUGUGCAUGUACUGAUGCAUGCAGAGUGAUAGUAAUACCACCCAUACACUGAAUCGGUCUGUUUUGUGAACGUACAUUGUUCAUAUACUGGUAAUCAAACGGGCAGUUGCACCAGAAAAAAAGAAGAAGAAACAAUCAUUUCAGUGAAUCUAUAUUCACAGCUUCCUGAAUUGGUACUUUUUGUGAAUGUACAUUGCAGCCAUCAGCAGAAGGAUACAUUCACCAACAAACUAAACUAAAAUACUUGAUAAAACAAAAAAUACUGCUUUGAAAACAAACUUUUAGUGCAUUUGUUGUCAGUUGUGGAAAAUAUAUUUGUUUUAAAAUGGCAAAGACUUCGCGACUGAAUACCGGUAGAGGAUUUAAACUGCAGGGGUUGGACGAGACUACGGAGAGUCCGCUGUUCCAGAGGCGAAGAAUUGCACACACUCAAGAUGAGCCUGGAACCCCUCUUGAUGAGGCCAUGGCUGCCCUUAGUUUUAUCAGUCAGGAUGGUGCUGUUAAAAGUUCGAGCAUGUCGAUAGGCAAUGUGGCAUGUCGCCGCUGUGGGGAUGGUUUCGACAUUCACGAGCAGAUCGUGAAUUCUAAUGGGGAAGUAUGGCACACCCAUUGCUUUGUCAACGAUCAACCUGCUCAGGCCCCAAACACUGGCUGCUUUAAAUGCGGAGAUGACCUUGACCCCCAGGAGCAGAUUGUAAAUUACAAUGGCCAGGUUUGGCACCCCAAGUGUUUUGUGUGUGCCCAAUGUUUUCAACCUUUUCCUGAAGGAAUCUUUUAUGAGUUCGAAGGGCGAAAGUACUGCGAGCAUGAUUUCCAUGUCUUGUUUGCACCAUGCUGUGGGAAAUGUGGUGAGUUCAUCAUUGGCCGCGUGAUCAAGGCGAUGAACAACAACUGGCACCCAGACUGUUUCCGCUGCGAGAUCUGUUCCGGUCAGCUGUCCGACUCGGGCUUCGUCAAGAACGCGGGCAGAGCUCUUUGCCGAGAGUGCAAUGCCCGAGAGAAGGCCAAAGGGAUGGGAAAAUAUGUCUGCCACAAGUGCCAUGCUAUUAUUGAGGAAAGUCACAUCAAGUUCAAGGCCGAGACCUAUCACCCUUACCAUUUCAACUGCCAUAACUGUGGUGUGGAGUUGAAUGCUGAUGCCCGUGAGAAGGGAGGAGAACUGUACUGCCUGCGUUGCCAUGACAAAAUGGGAAUCCCCAUCUGUGGAGCCUGCAGGAGGCCGAUUGAGGAGAGAGUGGUGCACGCUCUGGGCAAGUCCUGGCAUGUGGAGCACUUCGUCUGCGCCAAGUGUGAGAAGCCGUUUCUCGGUACUCGUCACUAUGAGAAGAAAGGUCUGGCCUACUGUGAGCUGCAUUACCAUCAGCUGUUUGGUAAUAUCUGCUUUGUGUGCAAUAGCAUUAUUUCAGGAGAUGUGUUCAGUGCCUUCAACAAGUCAUGGUGCGUUAACCACUUCGCGUGCUCCAUCUGCGACCGCAAGAUGAGUCAGAAAACAAAGUUUUUCGAAUUUGACCUGAAACCGGUUUGUAAGCUCUGUUACGACCGCUUUCCUGGUGAGUUAAAGAAACGACUCAAGAAGGCCUAUGAUGAAGCUGCCAAGAAGUAAAUCAGCCAGUAAAAAAAGAUAUUUUUUAAAAA